CUGCAAAGGGCAGGCAUGCUCAUUCCGGGACAAGAGGAAGUCAGUCCCUGCUCCCUGGGCCUGCGCCUCUCUCUCCCCUGCCCAGAGGAAGGGGGAAGCCAGAGGCCUGUUUGGGGGCCCAGCCCCCAAUCCCACCCAGCAGAGGAAGCCAAGGUCGGGGCAGCUGUGAUUGCUCCCUGGUCCCAGAGAGGAAACUGACCAUCUGCUUUAUCCGAAGAUUUUCAGCUGAUGAGGAGCUAGGAGGCUCAAACACCAUCUCGUCUGGGUCCUGGCCAGGUGACUUGGAGAGCGCGCUCUUCCCUGGCAGGGCAGGAUGACCCAGGAGCUCAGCGAGAAGGACCUGCUGCGGAUGGAGGUGGAGCAGCUGCAGAAGGAAGUGAAGAACUCAAGGGUCCCGAUUUCCCAGGCGGGAAAGGAAAUCAAGGAUUAUGUGGAGGCCCAAGCCGGAAAUGACCCUCUUCUCAAAGGCAUCCCUGAGGACAAGAACCCCUUUAGGGAGAAAGGCACCUGCAUGAUAAGCUGAUGGCACCAGAGCCCUCACCCCGAAUGUCUGUCCCUCCUCCGCCAGGACCAAGUAUCCUAGGACACCCAGGGAGCCAGUGAAUUUUCACCUUCUGUUCGUCACAGAAUGAGUAAAGAUUCCUGAAUGAA